GUCAACACCAUUCCUUAGUCCUAACGUACCAGUGCCGGGACAUGUGACAGCAGCGUCAUUGGCCCACUUCACCGGCAGCAAGACCGGGGCACGGAUGGCCGAGGUUAGCCGCUGUUGUCCUUGAGGCUGGCGGCCGUCUUAGCUGCUGUGUUCACUUCUGAGCUCACAACUCUUCCCGCAAAAGAUGGCUGCAUCACUGAUGUCUGCACGGCAGGCUGUCCGGCUUUCCAGCCGCAUACGAUGCUUCAGCUCCACGGCGGCACGCCCCGCCGCCGAGGUCAAGAGAUUGGGUGUCGUCGGGGCGGGUCAGAUGGGUCUAGGCAUUGCGUUGGUGGCAGCUCAGAAGGCGCAGGUGCCAGUGACACUGGUGGACGCUUCACAAGCCUCCCUGGACAAGGGACUGGCCUUUGCAGAGAAACUCCUUGCGAAGGAUGUCAGCAAGCAGCGCAUCAGCCAAGAGCAGGCCGACGCCGCGCGUGGCCUGCUCCAGCCCACCACCUCCAUCGAGGACCUCUCCUCGGCCGACUUCGUCAUUGAGGCCGUGCCGGAGAUCCCCGAGCUGAAGUUCGACAUAUUUUCCAAGCUCGCCCAGAUCUGCCCCAAGCAUGCCAUCCUGGCCACCAACACGUCCUCCAUCUCCAUCACCCGCAUCGCCGCUUCGACCAGCGGCGGCAACGCGAACGACACGUCCAAUAGCUCGCGCGUUGUCUCCACCCACUUCAUGAACCCCGUGCCCGUGCAGAAGGGCGUCGAGAUCAUCUCGGGCCUUCAGACUUCGGCCGAGACGCUCGAGACCGCCAUCGCCUUCUGCAAGCGGCUGGGCAAGGUCCCCUCCGUGUCGGCCGACUCGCCGGGCUUCCUCGCCAACCGCAUCCUGAUGCCCUACAUCAACGAGGCCAUCAUCUGCCUCGAGACGGGCGUCGGAGACCGCGAUGCGAUUGAUGCCAUCAUGAAGAACGGCACCAAUGUGCCCAUGGGCCCGCUGCAGCUCGCCGACUUCAUCGGGCUCGACACCUGCCUGGCCAUCAUGAGGGUGCUGCACACCGAGACGGGCGACUCAAAGUACCGGCCGAGCGUGCUGUUGACCAAGAUGGUCGACGCUGGCUGGCUGGGCAGGAAGAGCGGGAAGGGCUUCUACGACUAUUGAAGAGUCCGGCUGUGACAUGUUGUAUUUUGGGUUCCAAGGACUCAGGACGCAGCGUCCAGUCGCCCACGGGUCAGCACGACGACGACGCGG